CAGUCACUGCUGCCGGUUUGGACUAAAGUGUUCUUGGCAGUAACAGUGGAGAACAUCAUCAGAGAUCGCUGAAGCCUCACAGAGGGCUCCCCGUUCUGGGACGUGAGCAGCUUCCCUUGCUGAUUGGAUCUGUGUUUAAAGCAGAGGCAAUGACAUUUAACCCGCUGCAAAUCGCUGGACUGGUUCUUGGGUUCUUCGGCAUGGUGGGGACUCUGGCCACAGCACUUCUGCCUCAGUGGAGAGUAUCAGCUUUUGUUGGCAGCAACAUUAUUGUCUUUGAAAGGAUCUGGGAAGGGCUCUGGAUGAACUGCAUCCGACAAGUCAAGGUUAGGUUGCAGUGCAAGUUCUACAAUUCUUUGCUGGCUCUCCCAUUUGACCUGGAAGCAGCCCGUGCCCUCAUGUGUGUAGCUGUUGCCUUAUCUCUGAUUGCUCUGCUUAUUGGCAUCUCCGGCAUGAAGAAGAUUCAGUGCAAAGACUCUAACGAGAGGGUUAAAGCAUAUCUUCUGGGAACUUCUGGAGUCCUCUUUAUCCUGACGGGCAUCUUCGUUCUCAUUCCGGUGUGCUGGACAGCCAAUAUCAUCAUCAGGGAUUUCUACAACCCAGCCGUCCACAUAGGUCAGAAACGAGAGCUGGGAGCGGCACUCUUCCUUGGCUGGGCAAGUACCGCUGUCCUCUUCAUCGGAGGGGGUCUGCUUUGUGGGUACUGCUGUUGCAACAGAAAGAAGCAAAAGAACAGAUAUCCAGCCGCUGAGCAUCCUGCGCCACACACAGAUAAGCGACCACAGAACGGGACAGUGCUUAGUAAGACCUCCACCAGUUACGUCUAACACCUGCUUUUCACUCAAACUGUGGGUUAUGAUCAGUGUGUUUUAUAGAGUCUUGCCAGAAACUGUAAGUACAUCAGGCAGGAGAACUUGCUUUACGACUGUUUUUAAAUUGAGAUGAAAAGUUUAAAGGGCAUAUAGAUUGUAGUCACCUGUGAUAGGAAUAAAAAUGACUUGCUUUAGACAUUCUGACCUCAUGUGUAUUAAAUGCAUUUACUAUUACUGGACUCAAAUAAUAAUCCCCGUUCCAAUUUGUGUAAUCUAAAAUCAAGUAUGUCCAUAAUCCUUAGUAUAAUGAUAGACUCUUUUUUUGUCCACAACCAUAUAUUAUCUGUUAAGAAAUCCGAAUUCUAUUGUAAUUCAUAAGCCCUAGCAAUAAAACAUGUUCUAAAAUAUAACCUAACUUAUUUUUUCUCCAAAUUAUUUCUUACACUAACAUGGUAACAACUAAAUUGAUGACUUUUUUUCUUUUUAAAACAAGCUGCAAAUAAUAGACAUCAAAUAAGGACUUUUAAUUGAAUUUAUCAAAAUAUGAAAAUGUUUGUUCAGUGAAAAGAGUUGUUUCUCCUUUAGGAAACUCAAAUGUACUAGAAAUUAAACACUUUUAGGGAGAAGGAAGCUCUAAUCUCUGUUAGGAUAUUUAAGAAGAUGAUUUUAAAGCAUCUAACUUAUACAGUUAAACUUGCUUAGAAUUAUAUAUUCAAAUGAAAAUAAUUUAUAAAUGAAAAAUAAUAUGCUCUCAGAACCUCUGAUGUGCACCUACAAGCAAACAGAAUUAUCUGUCUUGAUAAGACACAUCAACAGAAUACUAUGAACUCUCAAUUCUCAUCAACAGGAAAUACAGUCCCAAUUAGGGAAUUGAGGUUUGGGUGUUGAAGGGACUGGUUUCUGUUCCUUGUUUUAUUCUUUAGUCAUUGCACAGGUCUACAUACUCUAAGUAAAAUGAAGAAUCAAGGUCAUGAUUGAGGCAGUUAGUCAGGCCAGAGUAAGUACCUCCUUUUGUAUUCUCUAAUAAAUAAAUAGGUAUGGAUAAAGCAUUUUGUUUUGCUUGAAUUAUAUGCAUUAUUUUCUCAAUUCUUCACUUCCCGUGUAUUUAACAUGCUAAUAUUGGGUCAUAAGUGUGGGGCUUGGGUGAGAUGGAUAGACAAGUGUUUGUGGGGCAAGACCACCCCUAUGCGAUGCUUCUGAAUAUCUCCAGUGUCUUGUGAACCAAUUAAUGUUUAUAUAUUUUAACUCUUCAAAUUUUAACUCUUCAAAUUUUAACUCUUCAAAUAUUGUGUUUAUUUUAUAAUAAAGAUGUAUUUCAUUUACAACAUAU